CUCUGCCUCGUUUGAUUUCUGCUCGUCGACGACAACCAAAAGUUGGUUUGUCUACACUAUCAAGCUUACAGGCUCAGCAAAACUGACUAUCGGCGUCUUGGGACGCGUAUAUGGCCAAUAUCGACAACUCAGACACGGGGCUAACUGUAAAUCAUGCAGGAGAGGAACCUGCUAAUGUGUUGUUGAGUUCAUCCAAUGUCUCUGAAGAACAUUCUGUAGUCGCAGCUUGUCCUCUCAAGACUUCAAGUUCACCUCCAUUGAUCUCACCUACAAGCUCAUCAGCUCACUCUCGCAUUCAACCGCCUCUUCCUCCUUCAGAUUCAUCGUUUGCCGCCCCACAUCCAAAGAAAUUUACUUCUGUGAAUAUAAACAAGAAGUUUCUACAGAAGAACUCGUCCUCCUCAGGGUCUGCUACCACGUCAUUGAACCACGUACCUGUCGUCAAGUCUGGCAGUCCAGCUCCUAUCCGACCUGUUGCUCCACCAAUAAGCUCCCAUUCGCGGCUCGUGACCACCAAGCUCACAGCAGCGCCUGUUUUAUCAACAACAACUGGUCCAGGUUGGUCGCGUCCAUCAUCCGCGACACCACCUGUCUCUUCAACACCAUCUACUUCAUCCAAUGGACCCAUUCCGCAACCCCUUCCGCAUACCGCUGCACCAGCGCCCAUUCCCGCCCCAGCUGCCCCGCAGCUCCCCGUCGCUGGCAAAGUCAUUCAACCACAACCACGAGCUAUUGCAUCGACUUCAUCCGCCACGGCUAAGAAGGAUACUGCGUCCAAACCAGCUUGGGGACAUCCGAAAGUCGUUGCACCAGUCCUGUUUCUGGACAGCGCAGGCCCUUCAGACUUUCCUACUGCUGCAGAAGUUGCUCAUGGCCGACCAUCACCCAAAGUCGCUGAAUCUCCGAAGCCCUCUGAUGCUCCCCAUUCAAAAACUGUGACGCUAGAAGAAGCUGAUGCAUUCCGAGGUGUUCACCUUGAUCCAAACACCCACCACUGGGACGAGAUGGAAGAAGACGACGACCAUUUUCUUGACGGAGUCAUUGAAUUCGGCGACGGAAGACAGUACAAGAUAUCACCAGCUGAAGCUAGUGCACAAAAUGCACCAUCACCUGAUCCAGCUACAGAUUCUCUCGAGUCCCACCCAGAGGUUGUCGACGGCGGUAAAGCACAAGUUAGCAAAGAAGAUCGGUUUGCAGACGACUUUGACCGGAGAUGGCCACGAUCGAGGCCUUCUCCAUCUUUUGCGCACAAGGAUCUACCACGUGCUCCUCGACAUCCGUCAAUGUCCCCUGCAUCUUCGCAUCCUAGCUACUCGCCUUCGGAAGGUUCAAGGGUCCUCUUCAAUGAACGCUCAAACAGGCUCGAGCCAUACAGUUCUCAUCCACACAUCCGUCAUCUCCCUGUGGGUCCAGUAUCCAGGAGAGGUUCCCAUAUGGAGCAUAUUCCGCCUCCAAUGGACAUGCGUAGUGGACGAGAUGGACCCUUGCGUUCGCCUGUACAACCAGUGCAAUUGCUCCAAAAACCUGCAGGUGGUUAUGAUCGCUCAUCACGUACAUUGAGAAACGGUCCCGGCCCCCAUCCUCCUUUCGAUAGGACCCGUGAUGGUUUGCCCUCUCCCUCAACGAAUGGGCCGCCAGGUUGGGGCACUGGGCUUCCAUCCGUAUCACCUGUUGAGAAACACGAAGUUAUGCUUGAUAACAGAGGUCGUCGUUUGUCGAACAUGGGGCCUCCACCAUUGCCGUCGUCGUUGAAGCGUGAUGCCACUCGCCAGCUUCCACCACGUAUAUCGACUGGUCCGCCUGGAAAGCUUUUUUCGAGAGAUCCGCAUCAACCUCUCUCCGCUUCUCAACAACAUUUCGAUUCGCCUACUACGACUCAUGGGGGUAGCGUCGUUGCUCAAUCACCCUUGUUGUCCACUAUCUCUGUCACAUCCGAAACCCCUGCCCCAUUCGCGGCUCCCAUGCUGAGUAUCGAAGACGUUCACAAGACCGCCAUGCAUAUCUCGGCUGAGCGCGCAAAGCAACGACGACAGGUGGAAGAAGAGGAGCGGGAGAAAGAGAAAGAACGGGCUCGGCAGAAGGCAGCUGCAUUGGAGGAGAAAUGCAAGGUAGAUGAGGACAAGAAGAACGCUCAAGAAGCGGAAGCCAUAAAACUGAUUCAGGAGGUUGCAGAAGCAGUCAAAUCUCCUUCACAGCAAGUCUUGCAGCUCGAUGCCACGGCCCAACGUAUGACGUCUGUCAAGCCGAUAGGACGACUGCCAUCUUUGAGAGCAUCUGCCAGACCGCCGCUGAUUCCGAGGUCGAUUGUGCCCACUAAUGCAGAGCAAUCGCAAGAUUCCUCAAAAACGGAUUCUUGGCGAAGCAAAGCUCCACCUCCACUGUCACCGCCAGCGCCUCGGGAGAUACCUGCACAACCCCGUGCACCUGCGCCACUGCUGCAGGGAGUAGAAGAGUUUAUUAGCGUUUCUGCAGAUGAGGAUCUCGAGGUGGUAGACUUCUCUGAUAUGGGUAAAUUAGUUGGUGCCCCAACGGUCUCACAAUCAGAGGCACAGCACAAAGGCAUUGAAAGACCAUCCCACCCACCUCGGCCUGUCGCAAGUGACUUCUUUGAAGAUUCUCAGCCUCAGACACUUCCCCCUCGCCCGGAGUCUCCAAAUCUGUGGCGUCGCAAAGCCCCCAUCGAGCUUGUUCGCGAAGUUCUAGCUCCAUCCUCGUUGACGAACCACGAAGUUGCAAAGGAGACUGGGGACAAACAAUUGCAGGAUGCCCCGGCGAGCCUUGCGAGUUCGGAAUCGCUACGCGAGGUAGUGGCGCAUAUACCGCCUUCGAAGGGUUCCUCUAUUGUGGAUGGCUCAACCACAUAUUCGUCUAACCACACGACGUUGCCCACAUCUCCACAACGCCUAACUCGCCCAGGUUUCCGCGAGGCGCCAAUGUCUACUCUCGACGAUACGAUUUCUCGCAUCAAGGGAGCUUUGCAUGACAUGAAAGAGACGGAAUUUGCAAAACAGACCAACAAGGAGACUGCGGAUGCACCGCCCGAACCAGAUGUCACUCAACCUCAGACCAAUGUUAAUGGCCGGGGUUAUUCAGGUGGGCCUAAAUGGCUUCCUCCUGCACUAAGACCGCGUCGAGUCGAAUUUGGGGAGGAAAACGAAGUUUUCGAUGUCACUAGCUGCGAACCACCGCGUUCGCCUCGACUAACUGUUGUAGUCCGCCUUCCCAGCCAAUCACGUCCCUUGGAGCCUAUUCCUAGACGGCAAUAUCACGCUUUGAAGAAUGCACGGUUGCAGAUUCGAUGGGAUAUAAUGUCAUGGGAUCCACCAGUUGAUGGCAUGACAAGGAAAGACUUCUCCUUAAAUGAUGUGCUCUUCAAGAGCUAUCCGCCUCCCAGGGGUAAACCCAAGUUUCGCGUACUCCUUCCUCAAGCACGGCAUCACCGUUCGUCUUCUUCCGCAAUUCCGUUAGGACCCAAGGUCAAUCUUCCUGCUGGAUCAACAAAGCCGGGUCCAUCAUUUGGGCGGUCGAAGGUGGAUGACCUUCUGUCCUGGAGGAGGGUUGCUGUCUGUCCAUCUAUUCCGGAAGCCAGUCCAGACGGCGUCAACGCAGGUUCUCUGGACACAAUCAGUUGCUCGCCUCCUCCUGACCCACCAGAAAUUGCCCCCGCUGCCCAAAGUGUAUUACCAUCCAUCAACAACAAAGCGGAAGCCGUUACGCAACGUCCUAGAGCUCAGCCAAAGAUGCCAGUGGGCUCCGCGGUUGCAUUCUAUCGCGAGAUCCCGUCCGAAACAGCUUGUCAAGAGUUGAAGAAGAACUCGGUGUCCUUCACCGUCUUCAGCGAGCUGGACGAAAUACCGUCAUCACCACAAAGUGAUCCGCCAAGCGCUCUGUUCUCUUCGGCUGUAGACUCGCCUGACAAAAGCUUCCAUUCUAUGGAGACGGUUACAAUCAGUCGCGUUGUGAAUGGUCUCGGAAAAGACACGAGUUCCCCAAGACUUGUUGUCUCGACGCAGCUGGAUUCUAAGAGCUCGGAUGAAUCGGUUGACAGAAAUCUCAUCACCCCUGGAUCUGCGUCAUACAGCACACCAUGGACAAAAUCUCCUUUGAGCUUUUCAUCUGCAAAAGAAUCUCCGGCGAGAGCGCCGGAUCCCGAGCAUUUAAAAGCUGUAUGGUCGCAGCCCUCUGACAAGGCUCCAGUACAUGCAGUAAACUCCCUGGAGGGUAUUGCAGAUGAUCUGACUGCUCUACCGUUCACAUUGCAAGACGUCAAAUCUGAAGAUGGAGAAACUCCCCCUCCCACUUCAGCAGCAAACGUUCCAUCUAAGAUGUCGCUUCAUGAUGUCACUCGCGCAUUCCAGCAAGUACCUACUUCAUCAAAUGCCACUACGAGGAGCAGUAGUACGUUGCCGUCUUCAUCUCCAGCCGGACCCAUUAGCCGUCCUUCCAGUUAUACAUAUGGUCCUGUCCACCCACCAAGCAUGAGCAUCCGGCCCCCUUAUCCCUAUCCGCCGAUGAUGGCCCAUUCACCUAGUCCCACACCACUCGUGUAUCCACCGCCAAGUCCUGCACCGCGUGUACCUGUCAAUGGGCAUUCACCCAUGUUCAGUGGCGGCCAACCGAUAUGGGUGCCUCUCCCACCAACCCAAAGCCACUCUGGUGCAGUGAGGCCAGUAGCUUCACCAUACCCUACGCAGCUGAUGGCGUAUCCCCCACCAAAUGGGGUUCCGUCGAUGUAUGGGCCUCCGCCUAUCUCACACGGCCCGCAGUCACCACAAAUGAACGGAGCUGCUCAACCCCGUCCUCGUAAUAUGAUGAGUCCUGUGUUACAUCCAGCGACUCCUUCGCAUUCAAAUCAUUCAAUGUAUGCUGGGAGUCCUGUGAUGAUGCAUGCGCUUCCUAUGAUGACUCAUGGCCCACAACCCUACAUGGCCGUUGCUGGCCGUGGACAAGGGCGACCUGAUGGUAUGCCUGGGAUGUCGCCAAUGCAGCAAUCACAUUCUGCCCCUCAGUCUUCACAUGCUACUAUGUACAGUCCUGCACAACCUCUACCAUAUGGACGACCAUCGUGGUGAUAUACGUGUCACGCUACCUGACGAUACAUUGAUGUUUCUCUGACAUGUU